GAAAACACCAAGAGGGCAGAUUUUCUUUGUGAAAAGCUGUAAUGGAGCUGGGGUUUGUGUUCAGCUUUGUGCUUUUCUUCUCAGGUGGAAACUUUUGUUCUGCUACACAAAACCCGUCAAACUUUAGCACCAAUGAGACUUUAAGCCAAACCCCAAAAGAACAAGUGACAGCGAGCUUAGCGCUGCCAAGAUCACUGCCGACAACCGGACACCACUCAAACCAGAUGGAACAAAAGGAUCUGGCCGGCUUUCCUGUCAGCUACCGGGUCAGGAGCUUCCAGCUCAGGAAACAAAAGUCUUCCCAGCUGGAGAAGACGGAAACUGUCCAAGCUCAAGAGGUAUCACAAUCGCAGGAUCAAGACCCAGAUAUAAACCUAGUGGCCAAGCAGAAAUCAAAGGUGCCAGUAAAGUUUGAGGAGCGGCUCCCUGUGCCAGCUGACAGUGUGGCGGUGCGCUGCGGCGAAGUAAAGGUCACCAUCGAGGUCAAGCAGAACUUCCUAGGAAACGGUCAGUUGAUCCGUCCAAGUGAUCUGACCUUAGGAGGCUGCGCCGCGGUAAACGCCGAGGAGCUCAUCCUGCAGUUUCAAACAGAGCUGGAGGGCUGCGGCAGCACAGUGACGAUGACCGAAGAAACCCUCAUCUACACAUUUACUCUGAUGUACUCGCCGACACCAAUUAGCAGCACCUUCAUUAUAAAGAGCAACCCCGCUGAGGUGGUAAUUCAGUGCCACUACAGAAGGAGGCAUUAUGUAAACAGCAACGCCGUGAGGCCUACCUGGAAGCCGUUGGCCUCCAGCAUGCGAGCAGAACAGCAGCUGCACUUCUCCCUGCAUCUCAUGACAGAGGACUGGCAGUCGCAGAGGCCUUCCAGUGUUUAUUUCCUGAAUGACGUGAUGCACAUCGAGGCGGCGGUCCACCGGGGUAACCACAUUCCUCUGAGGGUCUACGUGGACAGCUGCGUGGCCACUGUGAGCCCAGAUCCACACUCUCAACCAAGCUACAGCUUCAUUAGCAACCACGGGUGUUUAACCGAUGCUAAGCUGACGGGAGCCAAGUCUUACUUCAUGCAGAGGAGCCAGGAGGAUAAACUUCAUUUCCAGCUGAAGGCCUUCAGGUUCCACCGAGAUGACAGGAAUUCACUCUACAUCACAUGUCACCUGAAAGCAGCACCAGUCUCUGCUCCUGUCGACUGGCAGCACAAAGCCUGCUCAUUCCUGACCGAAGCUAAGAGAUGGGUGGCAUCAGGUGGAGACAAUAAGGUGUGUAGCUGCUGUGAGACCAGCUGCGGCGAGCAGAGAUGGAAAAGAAGCCUCGCGGCAAAUGAUGCUCUGCGAUGGGAGGGGACGGCUGCUCUGGGCCCCAUCCUGCUGGAGGAGAACGUUCCGGAAGAGGAGUUGACUGAGCUGUUUGAGCUUCCUCCAGAGCCAGUUUCUCUGCUACAGACACAAGAUGUGACUCAAGCUGCCUUGUUUUCAUCAGUAGCCCUGCUGUGUGGAGUGUCUGCAGUGCUGGCUGUGGUGUUAGUUUUCACGGGCGCUGUGAUUUGCAGCAGACUUCGCAAGCCCGUCGGGUACUCUGUUUGCACCUGAUUUAAGAAAAUAAAGCAUUUCUACCCAU